ACGAAAAACUUUUGAAUCCUCUCCAUGUUCGCUGCUGAUGAAAGGAUCGAUUCAGUCAAAACUCAAUCAACACCAAACGGCGUCCUUUGACCAGAUCGAUUGAUCUGUUUGCCCACGUGAUUAGAAAAAAAAACUUUAUUUAAAACGGUGACCCCUUUUAUUAAAUUGGUCAUCAAAGUCAUUGUUUUGGCCUCGUGAUCCUUAAAAAAACCCGUCAGGUGACGGUUCGGUUCGUAACCUUCCCGCACUUGAAGCACGUGCUCGGGUGCACGCUCGCAGGCACGAGCCCGCCUGUUGGGAGAGAACCGUGGCGACAUGGAGUUCGAGGAGUCCGGGAUCGGGGAGGAGUGCGGCGUUUUCGGGUGUGUGGCCGCGGGAGAGUGGCCCACCCAGCUGGAGGUGGCUCAGGUGUUGACCCUCGGGCUGGUGGCGUUACAGCACAGGGGUCAGGAAAGUGCUGGCAUUGUCACAAGUGAUGGAGGCAAUCCACCCACAUACAUGAGCCAUAAGGGCAUGGGGUUAGUGAACAGCGCUUUCCCACCCGACGCUCUCCUGAAACUGCGCCACGGUAACCUGGGCAUUUGCCACACGCGGUAUUCAACCACCGGCAUCUCAGAGCUGCUGAACUGCCAGCCGUUUGUGGUGGACACACUGCAUGGCCGGAUUGCUGUGGCGCACAACGGGGAGUUGGUGAAUUCUCGUGCAUUGAGGAAAAAGGUUAUGCGCCAUGGAGUCGGCCUCUCUACUUGUUCAGACAGCGAGCUCAUUACUCAGCUGCUGGCCCAGACUCCGCCCAUGGAGGAGCUUGACUCACCUGACUGGGUUGCCAGAAUAAAAAACCUGAUGACGGAAACGCCCACGUCGUACUCACUGCUGAUCAUGUUCAAAGAUGUUAUUUACGCUGUUCGGGACCCCUACGGGAAUCGGCCCCUCUGCAUCGGGCAGCUUGUUCCCAUCUCUAAGCUUCAUAGUUCAGGUGCAGGAGAGGAGGACACUGAGGGCUGGGUGGUGUCUUCAGAGUCCUGCAGCUUCCAGUCCAUUGGUGCCAAGUAUUACAGAGAGGUCCUACCAGGAGAGAUCGUCCAGAUAUCCAAACACGGCAUCAAAUCUCUGAAUGUCGUGCCCCGCCCUGAGGGAGACCCCCCUGCCUUCUGCAUUUUUGAAUAUGUUUAUUUUGCCAGACCAGAUUCCAUAUUUGAAGGACAGAUGGUGUAUACCGUGAGGCAGCGCUGCGGUCGGCAGCUCGCCAUCGAGGCUCCAACAGAUGUAGACCUGGUCAGCACUGUGCCUGAAUCUGCCACCCCUGCGGCCCUGGGCUACGCUCAGCAGUCUGGGCUUCCAUACACGGAGGUUCUGUGCAAGAACCGCUACGUCGGGAGGACAUUUAUCCAGCCAAACACCCGCUUGAGACAGCUGGGAGUGGCCAAGAAGUUUGGAGUCCUGACAGACAACUUUGCAGGGAAACGCGUGGUGCUUGUUGAUGACUCCAUCGUCAGGGGCAACACAAUCUCCCCCAUCAUUAAACUGCUGAGAGAAGCUGGUGCGAAAGAGGUUCACAUCCGCGUGGCAUCUCCCCCCAUCAAGUUCCCCUGCUACAUGGGCAUCAACAUCCCCACCAAGGAGGAGCUCAUAGCCAACAAGCCUCAGUUCAAGGACAUCGCUGGUUACAUUGGUGCCGACAGUGUGGAGUAUCUGACUGUAGAGGGGCUCGUCACAGCCGUCCAGGAGGGGGUCGCCGCCAUGCAGGACCACAUGGGCUCCAAGAAAUCCAGAGUUGGCCACUGCACCGCCUGUCUGACGGGGAAAUAUCCGGUGGAGCUGGAGUGGUAGCUGCUGUACGGAGGACCAACUCUAGAUGUCUGUAGUGGAGAAUCUGCUGAGGACCUUUUUUACAUUCUGAAAAACUUGCUUUCUGUAGAAACUGGCAGUUCCUGAUGGAUCUGAACCAUCUUAUGUAUGGAGUGCAAGGAGAAAUUGUGACCAAAGAGUAAAUUGACCUUUAUUUUAUAACUUAAAAUGAGCCAUUACAGUGGUACUUUGUUUUCCAUUCUCUUAAAAAAUCAUGAAUAAACAGAAUUCAGAGAACACAAA